CUGCGGUUUGAAACGCAAGCCGUCCUCUCUUUUUGGGGUUUCAAUUCCCCUCCCCCACUCCCCUUCCAUAAAUUUCUCUUUGUAUCUUCUUUUCCAAUAGAAUCCAAAGCUUCUUUUUUCUUUCCAACUGCACACUCCGAAUAGAAAAAACAUGGUCAGCGAUGUUGAAUUAGACAGAACCACAGAGACUAUUAAGUUUCUCUGCAGUUACGGUGGUAAGAUUCUUCUACGACCCGUUGACGGAGAGAUCCGUUACAUCGGUGGUCACACCAGAAUUCUAGCCGUCAAUCGUUCUAUAUCCUUUGCAGAACUCAUGGUUAAGCUUGGAGAAUUUUGUGGAUAUUCCGUGGAAUUGAGGUGUCAAUUACCGAAUGGAAAUUUGGAGAUGCUAGUUUCUAUAAAAUCCGAUGAGGAAUUGGCGCUUCUCGUUGCAGAAUAUGAUCUGUGUUGUCCUGGUUCGAAGAUUAGAGCCGUUCUCUCUCCUCCGAAGUCUCUCAAAACCGUCUCUCCUCCUCCGUCAACUCCUGCAAGUGUCGAUUUCUAUCCAGUGAAAUCGCCUUUUAAUCCCUUCAAUUAUCAACGAUCUGGAAAAUAUUCAUCGCCGAUCAGAUAUCCCAUCGGCGUUUUUAAAGACUCUGGCAGAAUUUAUUACAAUCCUUUUCAUGGACAAGGAGGCCUUGGAGUACGGUGUCGUGACCUUUGCUGCAACGGACAAGGAAACCCUAGAUUGCGGUGUUGUGGCCCUUUCUACAACAAGAACUGGCAUUAACGAUUAAAAGCCCCAAAUCUGGGAUUAGCUAAUUAGUUUAUACAAAUUAAGAACAUAGAUAACGGUAGGGAAAAGAAAAUUACUAAGGGAGGAUGAAAUUUUGAUUAUGUGAUUGAAAUGUAAAUUUGAAAAAGAAUUUUUUAAGUGCGUGAA